CUCCUAGGGUUUUCAGUGCCGCCAGCCAGCCCUUAACCCUCGCUCCUCUCGCGCCGCGCGCCUCCUCGCUUUCCUCCUCUCCUUCGGCGGCGGCGCGGCCAGCUCCAACCAUGGCGGACACCAAGGCCACCGCGGCGGUCACCCUCCGCACGCGCAAGUUCAUGACCAACCGCCUCCUCUCCCGCAAGCAAUUCGUGCUCGAGGUGAUCCACCCCGGCCGGGCCAACGUCUCCAAGGCUGAGUUGAAGGAGAGGCUGGCCAAGGUGUACGAGGUGAAGGACACAAACUGCAUCUUUGUUUUCAAGUUCCGCACCCACUUCGGAGGAGGCAAGUCCACCGGGUUCGGCCUCAUCUACGACAACCUCGAGGCCGCCAAGAAGUUCGAGCCCAAGUACCGCCUCAUCAGGAACGGUCUUGCUACUAAGGUUGAGAAGUCCCGCAAGCAAAUGAAAGAGCGGAAGAACAGGUCCAAGAAGAUCCGUGGUGUCAAGAAGACCAAGGCUGCUGAUGCUGGGAAAAAGAAAUGAACAUUCAUUUACAUUUGUAUUCCUGUUCUGGAUUCUGGGUGUUCUAGGGGCAGUGUCAUAAUUAUGUUCGUGUUAGGUUUUGUUCUCCCCUGCACUGAAGUGAAGUUUUGUUAUUCCUGGAUGUGAACCGGGCCAGAUUGGCUAUAGCAUGUUAUGAGGGGACUAUUAACUUCCAAGCCAACCUAUUUUAUUUC